UAAGUACAAAACUCAUUUAAACCUUUUAUUUUGUUAUUGGCAAACGAGGUUUGUUUGCAAGGUUUCCCCUUCUACUUCUCUGCUAUAACCUCAUCGAAGGAUCAAUUGUAAUCGGAGAAAUUGGUGUUUCUCUCAGAUGGCAGGCCACAUGACUAGGUCAAGAAGGCUUGAAACUCAGCAGCUGGAACAGUCGAGGGCGAAGUGGACAACAUCACUCACUAAGAUACUGGCUGAUCUGAUGGUUGACCAAGUACAUAAAGGGAAUAAACAAAACAAUUCAUUCAAUAAGAAAGCAUGGAAAUGUAUAUGUGAUGGAUUUUACAACAAAACAGGUUUGAAAUGGGAUAGGGAACAACUCAAAAACAGACAUUCAGUAUUGAGGAGGCAGUAUGCUAUCGUGAAGUCCAUUCUUGAUCAAGGUGACUUUAUUUGGGAUGAAGCAACGGGGUAUAUAAGGGCCGAUGAUGAAAUUUGGGCUGAAUACAUAAAGAAUCAUCCCGAUGCUGAGCCCUUAAAAAGUGGUGGCUGUCCAAUCUUUAAGGAGCUAUGUACAAUAUUCUCUGAGCCAACAGUGAACGGAAAGCAUGAAUUUUUAGCUACGCCUGAGGGUGAACAUACUCCUAGAGCUCCUUGUCCAGAGUUCUUGAGCACACACCAAGAGGAGUCUUCAUCUGAAUCCGAUGACGAGGAAGAUUCAAAUUACCUUCCAACAGUUCAACCUACUACACCUACAGCAACUGGCAGUAGUCGCAAAAGAAGGCGUAAAGGAGUUGAUGAUGCUAUUGCUGACGCUAUAUUGGAGAUGGCUUCUGCUUCAAAGAUGAGGGCAGCUGCGAUAGAGAAACGUAACUCUAAAUACAGCAUUGCUGACUGUAUUAAGGAAUUAGAUUUAAUGCAAGGUGUUGAUCAAAGGAUAUAUUUUGCUGCUCUAGAUAUUUUCAACAAACCUAAUGCAAGGGAGAUAUUUUUGUCUCUCAAAAAGAAUAAACGUUUACCAUGGUUGCACCGCAGAUGUGCUGUUGCAUUCCAGUAGAUAGGUGGAAAAAUAUAUGAAAGGAUAUCAUUUUGGCCAAUCUGAUCCGUUAAUGUUGAGUUAUUCACUAGCAAUCUCGUCAAUAUCAUGAUAGUUCCUUAAGUUUUGAUGUUAAAAGAUAUUGUUUGAUUGAAUGGACAAUUUGACAUGCAACCAUACUAAUAAUAGAAGCAAUCUGUCACCAAACAUGCACUUAAACUUGAGUUGAAUGAAUUGAUCAGUCCUACAGUUUCCUAAAACAA